AUGAAGAACACCAUCCCGUCGUCAUCCAGGAUUUCGUCCGACAAUUCGACCGCCUCUUCGGCGCCAAGUCUUCCCUAUGCAGUCGCCGUCGGCCUGAUGGAUUAUGUGCUCUGGCCGUACACUACACAAUCAACCAUUCUCUUCUUCCUUUUCAUCGUCUGGAUGUAAGUUUUAGUACUAGCCCGAGAUGCACUAUUAUUCUUCUUAUCAACACGCGUCGACAGAGAAAAAAAAGAGCCUCCACCCCAAUUAUUAUAGGAUUAUCGGCGUAUUUGUGGCUCGAGAGGUGGUGCUCGUGCUGCUCGACCAUCGCAAGAUUAAGUGAGUUGUUGCUCUUCCACGUUUUCGCGUUUUCUGUGAGAAGAUUCUUUUGAAAACGGAAAAGAAAACGAAAAUACACAAUAUCAUCCAUCAAAUGAACGUUAAUUAGAGUCAGAUGUGAACGCAAGUGAAUGGAGAUGACUUGGGAUAUGUUUAGAAAAAAGGGAGACCACUUACAUACGUAGGAACAUUUUCGAAUGAAAAUUUCAUGUGGCUCUGUUCAAAAACUAAUGAAUUACUAAUGAAAAGUGGCAAAUGGUUUCAUGACGGCUGCAAAAAGUAAACAAAUCUUUGAAAAGUUGCAGAAGGAAACCGGAGACAAAAAAGUCGGCGUAUCACGGUGCAUACAGUGUGAAAAGGAAGCGAUAUGUGAAGGACAAGAACUAUGAGCAAGUGGCGAACGGAGGAAAUGAAAUCGUCUAG